UAACACCUGUUUCCAAGUCUGAAUUAAAGCUGGGUGGACUUCCUCACGAACAAUUGAAUGUGGAAAAAAAUGACGAAAACUACCACAUGUUUGUAUGUACAAAGGUAUGAAUAAAUCUAGUUUUGUUGGUUUAUUUAUAAGCCACAUUAGUUCUUAUUGGGCAUUUACAUAACGGGAAACCUGUGAAGAGAAACUGCCAAAAUAGCAAAAAUAAUAUGUACCAAAAAUUCCACAUUAUUCGUCCCCUAACUUUUCAAUUACUUGGUUACCUUAAUCAACACAUACACGGAAAGGCGUCGGUGAUGUGAAUUCUUUAUAGGCUGAGGGAGAAGGGCUAGUUAUACCUAAAGUAUAAGUGUAACAUUAUCCUUCAUUGCAUUUUUUUUCCAGUUUUGCACACGGGACAUAAGUACUGAUUGAGUACAAGUCGAGAAAAUACUGGGAAAAUGUUAAACUGAAUUAUAAAUAAAUAUUUUCAUAAUAAUAAAAACACGCAUAAGUUGUUAGAGAUUUAUUAAAGAAGCAACACAAAAUUUUCAACAAUAAAUGUCAUCAGUAAUUGUCGUCGUGUUACCCUCUUCCGUCUUCUAUUGACUUCUGAAAAUACACGCUUUCGCAACUAAUUCCGUCUCCGAAUGUCGGAAAGUCCCGACACUAAAUGUAAGACUCCUUACAGUACUUUCUCGCAUUCCGUCUUUGUCUUAAAGACACAUAAUACGGCAGAAAUUUCUCGCAAAUAUCUUCAGGAAUAUCGCGCAAUGUUGCAGCAGCCGCCAUUAUCGACCUAAAUGUCGGAGGUUAAGAUUUUGCGGUACCACGUGACCUGUAGGCGGAGCGUGGCGUAUGGUCAACUGAAGCAUUCUUGAUAGUCUUAUUUCAGGAAAGCCAAAUUUUAUGUCAAAUAUACAACGGUAUUGAACCCUCGACCUCCGUGUUGUGUGGCAGACACCGUUCUUCUUGUCAUUAUGUAAGUCAACAUAUAAAAUUUGCAUGUUUAAUGGUGAUAAGUUUACUUCAUGCGGUGAACUUUUCUGUGUUAUAUCAUAUUGUUAUCAGUUGCACGAUACUGGAUAUUACGAAGGGACGAAAUGUUUUCUUUAGGAACAAAAAAGGUCAUUUCUUUCAUUUCCAUUGCUGCAAUGUUGCUGCUAAGAGUACGGCUAACGGAAAGUUCACCAUCAAAUGAAACAUCGCAGAAUUUACAAGACACACAGAGUAACUCAACCAGUUCUGAUGGGGAUGCUUGCAGUUCGAAUCCAUGCUUGCACGGGACAUGCUUUGGAAAUGGGACAGAAUAUCAUUGCUUUUGUCCGUCUGGAUACACUGGGAAAAAAUGCGAAACAACUAUAAACGCAUGUAUAUCUAAUCCGUGUGAGAGAGGCGUAUGCUACCACUAUCAUAAACGAUUCCGUUGUGUCUGCCCUCUAGGCUACUCUGGCAAACUCUGCGAAAUAGAUAACAACGAAUGUUUCUCACAGCCAUGUUUGAACGGGGGCAUUUGUAUUGAUGAAAUAGCGGACUUCUCGUGCAAUUGCACAUCAGGAUUUACCGGAGAUCAUUGUCAGACAGACAUCGAUGAAUGUUCACCAAGCCCUUGCCUCAAUGGUGGCGUAUGUAAAGACGGCAUAAACCGAUAUGUCUGUCAGUGUCCGAGAGGGUAUGGUGGUGACAUUUGUCAAAAGGUGACUAAUCCGUGUAAACACAACCCUUGUGUCAGAGGUACGUGCUUUGCUCAUUUGUCGCAAUUCAUCUGCGAGUGUCCUUCAGGAUAUACUGGAAAACUCUGUGAAACUACCAUACAACUGACGCUCUAUGGACCUAAGGAGGUGUUCAUCACGUUACCGGCUGGGAACCAGUUGAACUUAAACUGUAGUGUCUCUCGUAGCGGGUACAAUACCUAUUUCAAAUAGUCAAAGAGAAGAGACUGUGGUGGAUCCUUCAGCUCAUA